CCGUUUCGAUACCUGUCCGGAUUAAGCCCCUCAAAAAAAUUCAUAUUUUUAUUUUGGUCGCUGAUAAAAUGCGUGAACGUAUUCGCAGCUUUAUACGUUCGAACCGCUGCCUUUGUAUUUUUAGCGUGAUGCAGAUGACUUUAAUGCUGUCGAUGCUUGAGGUUAAAAUUCAGGUUGAAAAAUCCGCGGAGCUCCAGCGAUCCGUAACCCGAGUUUACCUGGUGGCCAAGCCAAGGGACUUGGCCUGCAGUCCUCUGUAUUCCGUGUUUGCCAUGGGUGCCCUGUUCUACGGGUACGGACUGAUCUACCUUCGCACCAAGGGAUCCCCCGGGGGAUUCCUCUCCAGACUCCGCAGCUCCGGUCUGUCCGUGUGGCAGAGGAGCAGUCCCGUGAUGCUGCUGCCGUGGUGCAUGAAGGUGCUCCAGGGACUCGCGCUCUUCCCCUUGCACCUGUGGGAGUGCCUGAGGAAGGAAUCCUGCCUCGGGGCGGACCACUUCCUGCUCUUCGCCAUCGUGGCCGUUCUGUUUUGGAACUACCAGAUGGUCCUGGCCAUCGCCUCCUUUGUGGCGGCAGUGGGGCUCAACCUCCGGAUGCAGGGAGCCCGGUACAUUCGGAACAGGAACCACGAACUAAGGGCCUACGCCCAAGGAAUCAACGCUCUGCUCGGCUUCGAAAUGAUAGUGAACGCGUGAUUGGAUUUAGGCUGCAUGUAUGUAUAUACUCGUUAGUUCACAAAAUUGUAAUCUCUCUUACGAAGCUUCCUAAAAUUUGUAUAAAAAUGGAAUCCUAAUUUAAAAGAAUCAUUUCAUGAAUUUAUGUAUAUUUGAUCUAUAGUAAAAAUCUGAAUUUAUUUAUACAUUUUGAAAUGGCAA